AAACGCUUUGUCAUUGUCGUAGAACAGUCUUUCGAAACUUCGCUUCAUCUAGAAAACAUCGACUCUACUCUGAACUCUACUGCUAAUACCAUGAACCCAGCAACGUCUUCGAGCUCUUCCAGCUCCGGUAGCUCUAGUGAGAGCGAAAGAGAACCAAGUCCCCUGAGAACCAGGACUGUGAAGAGAGAAUUUUGGCUUUUAAAGCAUCGGGUAAAGUGUAUACCCAGAGGUGUAUUAGAGAAAGAAAUGAAGAAUUCCGGCAGGACAAGGUGGAUUUCAUUUUCCCCAAAGUUAUCAAAAGAUCAAUUGGGGGAUCUCCUGAAAUCUUCCAUGCCCCGCCUGGCUAAUGUGUCAUUAGACCGAUUGCAAGUGUUAGAUCCACUUCAAGAGGGUCGAAAAUGGAAAGGGUAGCAGCCUCUCUCCCUAGUGCGAAUGAGCUGCUUUCGCUAAUGAAAGGAACCAAAUCCAAGAAGAUUUUCUUGUAUC